AUGAUGUUUUGGUUACCAGUGUGGUGGUUUAGGGGUGGCACGUGCGACCAGCGGUCAGUAUUCGCCCCGCGGCCGCCUUACCACACUGUGUACAAUGGACUUACGUUAGCCGCAAUGACAGACGACAUACCAGAUACCGGUGCCGUAUUCACAUUCGGCAAGUCACACUUCGCCGAAAACGAGCCGAGCCAUUUCUUCAUCAAGAAUGACCCCAUCGUCGCCAUUUCGUGUGGAGACGAGCACAGUGCUGUAAUAUGUCAGAAUGGUCGAGUCUUCGUGUUCGGUGGUAAUGCGUGGGGCCAGCUAGGUCUGGGGCACAAGGACGAGGUUACCAGACCCAGUUGUGUCAAGUGGCUCAAGCCACACAGGGCACUCUUCGUUGCAUGUGGAAGAGCACACACUGUAUUUGUCACAGAUUCAAACGCAAUCUACACGGUGGGAUGCAACGAUGAAGGCCAGCUCGGAACAGGAGACAUGGAACACCACACGGUGCCACAAUUCGUGGAACUGGAUGGUGAAGCUGGAGCUAUCAGGCAGGUGUCUGCUGGAAGCAACCAUACUGCUAUACUAACUGAUGAUGGCCGCGUUUUUGUCUGCGGCUCCAAUACUGAGGGGCAGCUGGGUCUUGGCGAAGACACCCGCUCGUGCCUCAAGUUUACUGAACUCAAGUUCAUGGAGAAGAUCUCCUUUGUUGAAUGUGGAUAUUACAACACCGUCUUUAUCACUGCUAAAGGCGCAGUCUUCAUAACAGGCGAUAAUGAAAACCAGAAACUGGGGAUACCAGACCAACCGUCAACAGUCUACGUCCCAGAAGUCUUGCCGAUUAGCAUGUCCAUUAAAAGCGCCUGCUGCGGUGCUGCACACACCUUCCUAUUGUCAAUGGACGAGAGCAAGAUCCUGGCUUUCGGUUCUAACGAGAAAGGGCAGCUGGGUUUGCCGAAGGAUAUCCAACAUGUCACAGAACCUACUGAGAUUGAUAUGGAGAAGAUGUUUGAAGGUUUUCAACUGAAACUUGUGGCUUGUGGAGCAAUGCAUACUGCAUUUGUUACAGACAACGGGCUGCUUUAUACGUGCGGCGAGUCCCGUCACAACAAACUCUGUUUAGAAGAAAUCGACGAUGCCGACAACGCUAACGAACCAGUUCCCAAUCAAUACACACCUAAGCGGGUCACCGCAAUGAAUGGGCACGUAGUCGACAAUGUGGCGUGCGGCGGUUGCCACACUCUAUUAACAGCCACCAAGGGCUCGAACGCGGAUUUCACUAAUAACGACUUCAAUAUAAUCGACGAACAAACCAGACACAUUUCUUUGACGGAGUUACCACCCCUACAGAAAGUACCAAUCAUGAACAAAACCGAAGAGCACUCGCAUGUCAUCGAGGACAUCACGAACUCAAACGUUGAAGUGAACAAUGCUGAUACCGUGAAUGGAAACGUUAACUCUGAGACUGGAUCGAUAGACUCAUUAGAGGCGAACGUCAGUGGCUCCCACAUAGUAAACAUAAAUGACCUUGAGAAUGAAACUGCUAGCACGCAUGGCGUAACUGAUAUCAACAUAGACAAAAUUGAUUCGUCUUCCCCGAUCGAAACAAAAAUAGAUGAAUUUAUUCAGAGCAUGGACACAGCGAGAGAUAAAGCUGACACUAAAAUAGAAGAAGUUGUUACAACUGUUACUCAUAAAGUUAAUGAGAAAGUAGAAGUUCUUGAAGAGUAUGUAAAGAAAACAGCUGUAAUUUCUCCAGUACAUGAUGUACACGAUGAGGCAAAGAAAGUGCUUGACAUCCCGAAUAAAAUAAUAGAGAUAACGAAUUCACCUCCCCCAAAAACACCUAUUUUGCCCGAGCUUCUUCAUAUUCCAGAUUUAACACAAAUAAGUCCAGGAUUAAGUAAACAUAGUGACGAGAAAAGUGAGACAGGACAAUCAGAGAAUGAGACAAUACCUUGUGGUUCCGGUAAAUCUAGUCCUCAAGUAGAAAAAGUGGCAAAAACACAGGCUGUUAUGCCAAUAGUUCGGAGUGAAGAUCACAUUGAUGGUGCGGAAGAGACCGAGCAUAACGAAGAAAAUGAUGUUGUCGUUCAGAAAUCACCAGAAAAGGGGCGUUUUGCGAAGAUUUUUCAAACGAUUAGAGACAAGGAAAACUCAUGUAUGGGCAAAGGGAAAGUCAUAGAAGAAAAAGUUGUUGAAAACGUGCACAAAGGCCUAGACACAACUGAAGAAGGCAUCCAUAAAGUUGAAGAAACUGUUGAAACGGAGAUUAGAAACCAGACAAAUUCUAGAACUUGCACGAUAUUAUAA